GGAGAGCGGAGGAGAGUCAGUGUGUCCAACAGACGCAGGACUCAAGAUGCAGCACAUAUACAUGCAGAGCAAUGAACACUUUGAAGUUUUCACCACUGUCUUCUCUCCACAAGUAAGCAGAUCAAGGCAUCGGUACAGACAUGAAGAACCAGAUAAGGUGGUGGUGACACACAGAUACGUCCCCCAGUGGCCCGAUGAAGUGGAGCUCACUCAGGGUGAUGUCAUCCAAGUCCUUUCCAAACACGAAGAGUCGAGGUGGUUUGGGCGGCUGCAGAGCGGUCAGCAGGGCUACUUCCCUGCCUCCUGUGUCAUUGAGCUGAGUCAUAAUGUACACCAUAGGGAUGAGGCUGCUAAGAAUGGCAGAGGCUUACGGAGACACAGUUCGGUUCACGUUGGGGCCGCAGAGUUCCUCGGGGACUGUGCAGGUGGAGGCAGGCCGCAGGCCCCCAGGGGAGGGGAGGAGGGUCCUUUCCUGACCCUGAAGCACGAGGCCCAGGCCGCGGCCCCCAGCUCCCCCAGCCUGCUCCACAGGAUCCUGUCCAAACAUCGCAGGAAGAGCCACAGCCAGGGGGCCAGCAAUGGGGCCUUUGAACCCGACUGA